UGUCAUUUUGUUCUUGUCUUAUGUGUAGGCGUAAAAGUGACCGGAGUUUAAGAAUCCCACUAAACACACCAAAUCUGCAUUUCACAUUCCUAUUAUGGGAGAUCUUAAAAAAAUUCUUGAAAGAGGAGAAUAUAUUCCCUUGAGAUCUGCUCCUGUGUUUGAAAGCAAUUUUGUUCAGGUGAAUAGAAGGGGUGAAUCAAUUUACCUUCAUAAUCGCCCCAACUAUGUGACCAUGGGCAUUUGUGCCACCAGCUCAAGCCAGUCAUUGCCAAAUGUGAUGGUGCUUGCACAUGCAGCUUCUUCGUCCUCCCAGGAAGCCAUACCAGCACGCCCAGCAAGUAGAAGGCAAUCAAGUUCUGAAGAUGAACUAGUACUCACCAGGUUCUUACCCUUGAAGUUUGUAGACGUAACUGUUCACAAUGCUAAGAAAAGACGCAUCAAACUGAAGCUGGUGAGUGGCCGUGCCUACUACCUAGAACUCUGUGAGCCACUACAGAAACAGCCCCAGCUCUUCCGACAGUGGGUGCGGCUCAUCAGUCUACUGAAAUCUAAAUAUAAAAAUUCUUCAGUCAAUACCCUAUAUAAAGAUUUUAAGACUCAGGAGGAAAACAGAGACACAACAAGCAAGGCACUACAAGGAUACAAUCAAGCAGAAACUCCCACAAAACCACAAACCAGCCAAGAGCCAAUAAUAAAACCAGAAAUAAUCAAGAAAAUGCCUUCGAAACGAGUCACCAUUUCUGAUAUAGUAGGUCCUAUUGAAGAAUUUCCUAAGAGCCGUAGCCAAGCCACAGUUUCUUCUGACAGCUGCAUGAAAAAUCCCAGUGCUGCAAACUCAGAAAAACUGAAGUAUAGUCAAGAAUUAAUGAAGAGGACUAUCUCAAGGAGUAAAUCUAGGGGACAAGAUUUUUUUUCUGUUACGGGGAAAAGACUGCAGACUGCAGGGAUCCUAAAGAAUGUCAGUAAGCCCGGGUAAUUUUUUACAACUAGCAUUAAAAACACAUCUCUGUACAUCUGAUACGAAAAGGAAGCAAACAAACUGAAGACACUGAGCAAAAGAAGAGAACAACAUGUUCAGAUGAGGAUUAGAAAUCUAGGAACUGUAGAAUUAUUCCGUUCUAAUAUAAUAAAAAUAAACAUGGUUAAAACAGUA